UCCACCGCCUCCCCGAGAGUGAAUCAAGGAUGGGUCCUGUUUGGCUUCUUCUUCUGCUCCCGUCCCUCCUCAGAGCCCAGGUGACUCCAGACUUCACACCAGGAGUCCCGGUGGAGGCAGUCAACAGCACGGACUCUUCACUAAACAGUACCAGAACUUCAGACAUCUCCACUCGCCCCUCCGGUUCUCUCGGACCUCCAGAGCCUUCUGGGUUUGCAGCCACGCCUUCAGAAGCUCCCACAGAGGAGGAGGAUGACUGGUCACCAGCUGAGACCUUCUUGUACACCGGAGACUCUUCUGCUCUGGAGGUGGCUCGCUGCUCACGGGCGUACAGCUCCCCGGGCCAGACCGGAUCCCUGCCUGUCAGCUUCAGCGCCCCCCUCCGUCCGGCUCUGGAUGCACUAGCCAGCACUGCCAACUUCCUCAACAUGAUCUUCCAGGCCAGUGACCUGCGGGAGAGCACGGUGCAGGAGGACAUGGAGUGGUACCACGCCCUGGUCCGUGCCCUCCUGGAGGCCGACGCGCUCAUCCAGCGGGCCCUGCUCACCUUCGACGCCGACCCCACCGCCCCGGUGCCACAGCUGGUGCUGCGCGCCACCCGCAACCCGAGGGCCAAGGUGCAGACCAUCAUUCUCCAGGACUUAUCCAAGGCCUGGGAGAGCCUGCACCCGCCCGCCCCGGCCCCCGACGACAGCUGGUUCAGAAGCUUUAAAUUCCCAGAGUCCAACCAGCCGAUGGCGGCCCUGUCCAAGCGGGUGCUCCUCAAUGACCUCAGCACCUUGGACACACCCAAGUGGGGGCAGGGUGACAGCUACGUGACAAAUCGCAGUGGGGUGCGCUGGGCGAGCGCCCCCUUUCUGGACUGUAAGGACGGACGCUUCGUGCCGGGCUGGAUGCUCACGCUGUCCACGUCUUUCUACGGCCUCAAGCCCGACCUGACCCCUGAGUUCAGAGGUGUGAUCCGUGUGGACGUCAACAUUCAGGACAUCGACUUGGACCAGUGUGCAACAGGAGACAGCUGGUUUGCUGAUACACACCAGUGCAAUCGCACCACCAUGGAGUGCAUCCCAAUUCCAGGUCGGGGCUUUCGACUGGGUCAGUACUGCUGCCGCUGCAAAGAGGGCUACUACAACCCUGAGAUAGCCCUGCAGGACCCAGAUGGCGGCCCUGUGAACGUGAGCGGCGACGGCGGCGGUAUGUGCUACCCGAACAUGCCCAUCUGUCUCCCGUGCUGGCCGGGCUGCAAGAGCUGCCAGGACGGCGCCCCCUGCUGGGUGCAAGAGGACUGGCUGCUCAGGGCCGCUGUGCUGGCCAUCCAGGGGGUCUUCAUGCUCCUCAUCUUCGUCAGCAUGCUGGUGGCCUACAGGCAUCGUCGCAGCCGGAGGAUCCGGGCGUCCGGCCUCCUGCUGCUGGAGACGAUCUUGUUCGGCUCUCUGCUCCUCUACUUCCCGGUUUUCAUCAUGUACUUCAAGCCCAGCACCUUCAGGUGUAUCCUGCUCCGCUGGGUCCGAAUGCUCGGCUUCUCCAUCGUCUACGGCACAGUCACUCUGAAAAUGUACAGGGUCCUGAAGGUGUUCCUCUCACGCACAGCCCAGAGAGUGCCCUACAUGUCCAGCCUCCACUUGCUGAGGAUUCUGGGAGUGAUGCUGAUGACGGUCAGCUGGUUCCUGUGCGCAUGGACGGUGGGCGUCCUGCAGAACCGCGACAGGAACAUCCCAGUGUUCAUCACAACCACCACGUCGGACGGACAGGGGUUCAACCUGUGUUACCUGGACCGCUGGGACUACAUGAUGGCUGUGGCUGAGCUUCUGUUCCUGUGCUGGGGGAGCUCCCUGUGGACCGCCGUCAGGCCGGUCCCCUCAGCCUUCCACGAGCCUCGCUACAUGGGCAUCGCCAUCCACAACGAGCUGCUCCUCUCCUCCAUGUUCCACGUGUUCCGGUUCACCUUUCCCUCUCUUCAUCCUGAUUGGAUGUUGCUGCUCUCCUUCACGCACACCCACGUCACCAUCACUGUGACGCUCGCUCUGCUCUUCAUUCCCAAGUUUCUUCAUGUGUCUAAGCCUGGGAGGGAGGAAAUUGCAGCAGAGGUGUAUGAAGACGAAGUGGACCUGCGGCGCUCCGGCUCGUACCUCAACAGCAGUUUUCACUCUGCUUGGAGUGAGCCCAGUGUGGACCCGGAGGACUUUCGGGAUGAACUGAAGAAGUUAUAUGCCCAGUUAGAAGUCCACAAGACGAAGAAGAUGACCGCAAACAACCCUCAUCUGUCAAAGAAGCGAAGUUCUCGAUGUGCACUGGGAAGGUCCAUUAUUAGACGCAUUGCUGAGAUCCCAGAAACAAUGAGCCGACAGUGCAGCCGAGAGGAGAAAGACGGAUCUUUCCGCAGUAGAAGCGUGAAUCUGUCCGACUCUUUUAGGAGGACCCCAGAUACUGUCAGUAUCAGUUACAAAAGUUCAAUGAAAACACCGUCACCAUCACCAUCCAUGCGCAAAUCCCAGAGUGAUCAUCACUAUGUCAGGGAAAGAGACUCUUCCUUGCGUGACUCCACAUUAAAGCCCCACACUGCAAAGAGAUCCUCCCAACGAUCUGAGACAGACUCCUUAGAUAUUCCACCAGGGGUCUGCAAGUCAGCCAGUGCCCAGAAUUUGACAAUUGAUACUAAUCUCCUGCAUCCAGAUCACACCAGACUUCAUAAAUCCAGGAGUUUAACCUCUACCACCACCCACUCUAUGGAGAAUAUACCCAAGGUUAACAGAGCCGGCACAGUGCUGACAAGAUCCAGGCAGAGCAUUUCCAUUAGUGAUCAGACCAGGAGUGCUCUCCAGUCAGAGUCAUUUGACAAGGCUGAGGUCUGUCCUUGGGAGGUGGAGCAAGAACCAUCAGGUGACAGGAACCAGAAACAUGUCACCUACGCAAACUCUCAGGCUUCUGAGGAAAAAAGGCCACCAUCUCCACAGGCGCUUAUCUGUCCGUGGGACCAUAUACCACCUGUAGAAAAGACUCCUUCAGAGGAUAGAGGAUUACAAGGCGAGACUGAGUCUCCCAAACCACAGGCUCCUGUGUCUGCAAGUGCUCCAGGUUCUCCAAGACCGAAGGUCACAAAAGAUCAGCGUGUCUUCUCCUUCCGCACCACCACCACUAAGUGGCUCUCUGUGAAAUCAAUUAUGGGAUCCAUGGAUGCAGGAAGCAGAUCCAGUAAGGAAGGAAAUUUAAAUAGAGAGGAUUCUGUCUCUCAAAAAAGUCAGGAGAGUGCUUCCACGACACCCAGAUCAGGAGCAUCUAGUAGACGCCCGAGCAUGGAAAAGAGGACACUGGGGAAAAGAAGUAUGACAACCACAGAUGGAAAACCAUGCCUUGUGAAGCAGAAUGCAAUCAGACUGUCCUCUGGGGAUUCUGGGGACAGAAGCCCAAGAAGGCUUGUGAUCGUAAAAUCUGCCGUCUACCCUUGGGACAUGGAUGAUAUGCAAAAAGAUGGCACCUAUGAAAAUGUGUUUUUAUCAAGGCAGAACAGCAAACGCAGUAGUAUAAGUUCGUGGGAAACUGCCAGCAGCUCUAGAACUCCUUCAACACACAGAAGAGGUAGUAAUCGAAUUACACCAGUUCGUAAUGUUUCUCAUGCAGAUGUGUGUCCAUGGGAAGGAGCUGGAACUUUGCAGCAAGUAGAGGGACCAAAGAAGCAGCAGAGCAUUAAAGCAGAUGUCUGCCCUUGGGAAUCCCAGGUAUCUGAACAAUCCAGUGUAUGUCCAUGGGAAUCUAAAGAGCAAGGGAAUGUGAGAAGACAAGGAAGUGUCCGUGGUGAUGUGUGUCCUUGGGAAUCACAAGAUAUUCCUGUUAUUGCUCAUGCAACCCUGUCCAGAGAUUCGCACAAACAACAGUCUUUGAAACCAGCAAACGUUUGUCCUUGGGAGACUGCAGAAUCUCCCCAACCUUCAAGACAAGAUAGUGAAUAUGCUAAUGUUUGUCCUUGGGAUGUUCAGGAAAAGGCUGAAGUUGUGUAUGAAAACCUAAAUCCUUUGGACACCCAGGGAACACUGACUGUGCCCUUUCAGCAAGAGGUUAUGAAACCUGCCAUCUAUCCUGGUGCACCAAAAGAUAUCUUAAAUAAUGAUCCACCUGUCCAUAACUGGGGUAAACAAGGGACCAAAACAGCAGAUAGUUGUCCAUGGGAUUUCCCUGAACCUCCUAAAAUCAUGGAAGGUAUUUGUCCAUGGGAAGAAGGAAGCACAGAGCCGACAAAUACAGAUCCAACUUCACAAAUGACCAUCAAGGUAGAUAUUUGUCCCUGGGAAACUGGAAAUCCACAAGACUCACAAGAAGGUGUGUCGAUACAGACACAAGGAAAAGACAACAUAAAAGUAAACAUAUGCCCCUGGGAAACGGAGUCCCCUCAACAAACUGCAGCUACCAAGACAGUGUCACAGGGACAGGGAAGAUCGACAGACGUUUGUCCGUGGGAAACUGGGGAACCAGAAUCAGGAAAACCAACGACACCCAAAACAAAAGCGAGUCAAGUAAGGCAAGACACAGCUCGGGCAAAUGUUUGUCCAUGGGAAACUGGGGAACCAGAAUUUGGAAAACCAGUGACCCCCAAAAUAUCUGAAAGUCUAAGGCAAGACACAGCUCGGGCAAAUGUUUGUCCAUGGGAGACAGAAGAAGCAGGGGCAGUCAAAACAGAAGUAUCUAAAGUGUCAGAGAAACUACAAGGACAAGAAAAUUCCCAGGAUGAUGUCUGUCCAUGGGAAACAGAAGCCCCAAAAGUUCUGAAAAAGCAAGACAGCACUCGGACGGAUGUUUGUCCGUGGGAGACUGAAGAACCAAAAGUUCUUAAAAAACAAGACAGUGGUCGGGCAGAUGUUUGUCCGUAGACUGAAGAACCAAAAGUUCUUAAAAAACAAGACAGUGGUCGGGCAGAUGUCUGUCCAUGGGAGACAGAAGAACCAAAAGUUCUCAAAAAGCAAGACAGCGCUCGGGCAGAUGUCUGUCCAUGGGAGACUGAAGAGCCAAAAGUUCUUACAAAACAAGAGACUGGUCGGGCAGAUGUUUGUCCAUGGGAGACAGAAGAACCAGGAAAUCCCAAAAAACAAGAUAGCGCUCGGGGAAAUGUUUGUCCAUGGGAGACCGAAGAAAAGCAAGACAGCGCUGGAGCAGACAUUCAUUUGACAGAUCCACAAAUGUCAAUCAAAAGCAAAGCUGAUAUUCACCACAGUGAGAGAGAUGAAGUCACAGAAGACCAGGGGCCAGUUAUUGUAGAAGAGAUUCCAGCUGACAUUAGCCCAGAGCAGAUAGAUGACUCUAAAGGAACCUUAGCCUUGGGUCGACGUGAUGCUUUGUGUCCCUGGGAACUGGUAAGGAGCAGCUCUGGCUCAUUCACAGACAAUGCCUCAGACGUUUUUACAUGGGAGCCUGAGAAUAUUCCAGAGGAAGAUGAAGAGGACGAUGCAGAAUGUGCUGCUGAGGCUCUUGUAUUCCCACCUGACUUGUGACCUACAUCUAGCCAACAUUUACUUUUCACUUUUGAACACUCCCGCUAACUCAGGAGGAAUGUGAACUCUAUAAAGCCAUUCCGCUGGUACCCUGUUGGUAGUCAGGGGGAACUUUGUUUUUAAACUUCCCCUGCAGCUGGUUUGGGGACAGCAGUGUACAACUAAGACACCGGUAGUAAAGACUUGAUGUGCUGGACACUUUGAGUUGUGCAAACCUGACUGACAAUGAGCUUUCUUUAUACUGAACUAUAUAUUGCAAACUCAUUAUGUCCCUCAUUGAUCCAGCAAUGACCUACAAACAGACAUUUUUUGGAAUGAUGGAAGGGCAUCUAAAGCAAUUAGAUGAAGUCCCUUUUCUUCCUGCUUCUACUCCUCAUUAUAAAUUAAAAUGUUUUUGUGUCUUUGUAUGUUUUAGGUGACAAUUCACAUUUGCCAUGUAUGUACAGUAUGUUGGACACAUGGCCGGGAUGAGUAUAUCGCAAAAUCUGAACUUAACGAGCCCACAGCGCUCACAAACGCAAAUAUAGCAGAGGACCUACGAGAUGAAACUCUCAUCUUAACCAGCAUACACACGAUAAAUUCAAUUUAAUUUUGUUCUUUUGUGGAAAUAUAUUUUUAAUGUAGAAGAAAGUGUUAAGUGUCAAGCAGUGCCGCCAGGACUACAAUGGAUGUCAAAUUACAUUUCAAUCACGUAUUAAUGAUUGAUAAAACUAUGCAUACCAGUUUACUCAAGUGACUCUCUCGCUUUUGAUUCAGCCAUAAUGAUGGGUAAAGUAACAUUCAACCACUUAAAUAAAACAAUGCCAAAAACUGCAUAAAUCACCAUAAACUCAGACUUAUACCCUAAAAAUCCAGAGUGAAUACUGCAUAUUUUUUUAUAUCUGAGAUCUGUAUAAAAUUGUCUCUGCUUUUUAUGUGAAUGCAGUUCACUGGAAACCAGAUCACAGAAUUUGGACAAUGAGAUUUACAAACAGGCUGUGAAGACUACAUACUUUUACAAUGUUAAUGGCAGUUUCAGAGAACAUCAAAUUGUUGGAUUAUAUAUAUAUAUACACUUAAAUUUUGAAAUUUGCUCAGUCCAAAUGCUGCAAAUAACACAAGUUAGGGAGGUCUUUAAUGAAAAAUAGAGAUGCUCCCAAUUAGAUGAUUAGUCGAAUGAUUGCAAGUUCAGGUUUUGGUCAAGUACAUUAGUUUUCAUCUGGAUUCUUUAAGCAGAUAUCUAAAGGAGCUAGAUUAUAAGAGAUCCUUCUGCAAGAAUUCAUUAAUAUGCAAAGAUGGGACCAUUGUAAAAAUGAUGAUGCAGAUUUUUUUGCUUAAAUCAACUUAUGGAUCAGUCAAAGAUUUCUUAAGACUAUUAUAUUACCUAAUGAUUUUUCAUCAAGAGUGGACCUACAUUUCAGUGUCUGACAUGAGUCAUUCCACAGAUGAUUGCAACUUUGUAAAAGCAGGAUUAUUUUGGAAAAGGGUUUAUGUGGAGUAAAACCUACAAUAUUACCAGUUUCUGUAUUGAUGUUAUUAAGUCAAAUGUCUAUGCAACAAUUAUUCUGUGAAAUUGACAGUCAGUUGUUUCAGUUGUUGUCAGUGAUGAUUAUCAGCACGUCUGCUGCUGUUGCAGCUUCAGGUUUCUUUCAUUCAGUGAUCUCAUUGUUAAACACUGCGCCAAGUUUUUUUUGUCAGUGAAGUGACCUAGUUUUGUGAGCGUUGUUGCAUGUUUGUGUGUUUUUGAAUGAGCGUGCUGUAAUUUGUUGUCACAUUAAAAAAAAAAAGGAAAAUCUAAUAUUGUUGUAACACACCCCUCGUUUUGCAGAGAAACAGCCUAUGUACGGUUUUCAAUUUUGUAUGUAUCUUCUAUGAAAGAUUAUUCUGAAAAAAGCUGGUGUGGAGAGAAGCAGAUGGGACACUUUAUUUUUGUAAUUCCCGAGGUCGACAUGCAGUAUAUUCAUCACAGAAAUAAACCGUACAAUUUCUGGA